AUGGACGUUGCCGAACCAUUUGGUCAGCACUUUGCACAGCUCCUUGCCUGUCCUCGUACUUCCAGAGAAACCCCGGAAGCCGAGCGGAGUGAGACAGGGCGUGCUAAGUUCGCUGGUAAGACACGUCUGACAUACAGGCUCACAGCCGAUAAAUCUGAGCACGACAAGCAAUCGACAGAGGAUAUGCAGCAUCAUGUGCAGGCAAUCGUCGGCGUCCUGCGGGUAAUACAGUUGCAGUGCGUUGCUAUAGAAGUCAACGGCGUACGUCGUCAUAGCGUCGCCGUAGCCGAGCACCCUGGUGAGCAGGGCAGGGGAGUAGGAGGUGACAUCGUGAAGGGCGGCGGCCAGAUUUGUGGCGGUGACUGA